CUUGACUAUGAGUUGUUGGCUUUCGUCGUAAAUAUUACGUUCGCUUUCGCACUCACCAUACUUAGUCUUGUACAUUUGUAUAUGAGCUACAUACAUUGAUACUUACACUCACACAUUUGUACAUACAUGCACAAACAGUAAUGUAUGGGUGUGUGUGUGUAUUAAAUUCGUUUUCGAGGUUUUAAUGCGCAGCAACAGCGACUUGUUGAAUUAAAUAUAAAGUAUCUAUGUAUGUAUGUAUGCUCAAUGGCAAACUAGCAACACCAACAAACAUUCCAUUCAAUUUGCUGCUGCGGCGGCGAAAGCAAGAAAAGUUUACACUAUCAAACUGAAACACACACACGCACAUAUAUAGACAAACGUACGUACGUUUGUGUGUGCUCACAAUUGUAUUGGAAUAUCGAGUUCAACUUGGCAUUAAAGUGAAAUCCAAAAAAAAAAAGCAUCACCGUUUCAAAUCACAGCUUUGUUGAACCAAAUAAACGAGGUUGGCCGAUAACUAGGCGCCUUACCUGUUCCUCCCCCGUCCCUUCAUUUGCGCAUGCAAUCAAAACCAAUUGGAGAAUCGAUAAGCCUACUAUCGGUUUUGCAAAAGGGUUUCAGCUCAUCAGCCAUCAGCUGGCAGGCUCUUGACAAAAACAUCUGUGCGUGCAUAAACAAUAACAAAUUUUGGUGCAACUUAUAGUUAAAUGCAAACACAGAGAGAUAUAAACAUAAACAAAAUACAAACGGUAUAGCAAGUGUAUAAAUUGUGAUUUAUUUCAAAUAAACAUAAAAACCAAAAAAAAAAAAAGUGGAAAAAUACGAUGGAGUCAUCGCCGACAACGCCGCCGACGCCCACGACGCCAGAUCUAAAUCGUGGCGACGCAUCAAGGAAAAGCGUUCGUCCCUAUGCGGCACGCAAGGGGCUGGCGCCAGCUCCACCCAAGCUCAGCCUUGCCAAUAGCAAUAGCAGCAGCAGCAGCAGCACCACCAGUAGCAACAACAACACGAGCAGUAAAAAUAAGAAUAUCGAUAGCAGCACUAUCGAUAACAGCAGUGAUAUCGCACAUCUUGCCAACACGGAACCACCAGCAAAGACAAUCGAAAUCGAUCUCAGUGAUGCCCAGCAUGCAGACUACGACCAACUUGUGGAACUGCGGCGACCUGGCGAUGCAGUCGCUGUCCCACUGCCACGCACCGCCGUCUCCGCGAUUCCGGCCUUACACUUACAGCCAAAGCCACAGCUACAGCCGAAGCCGAAGGCAACGCCCCGCGUUCAAAUGUCCGCUGAGGAUGAUGUGGGCGUCGCCUUUGCCCUCGGCUCCAUUGAGAAGCACAUACUCAAUAUGGAGGAGAGCUUUAAGCAGCAGCGGAGUGAAAGUCAGCAGCAAGAACAGUCGCAAUCCUCCAUGGACGUGAUGAAGAUGAAGAGCAAACGCUAUGGCGAAACGGAGAAUCUGUUGCGACCAGGCAUCAGCGAUAUGUCCUCGGAGAAUGAUUUCCAAUAUCUGGGUGGCAGACGCAACCAGUUGGAUGACAGCAACGAGCAAAUGCUGAAUGAGUUUCAACGUGGCAGUGAUGGACGCAACUCAAUUGGUGCCUAUUCGAAGAAUUCUUCCACAACGACGGCGGGCUCGGGUGCACUAAAAACCAAGCUGGCACGCACUGCAUCCGACACUAAGAACACGGAUACGGUGCUCGCAAUGCGUGCCACGCUGAAGCAGAAGGCUCAUCACGAUGUCAAGCCACAGGCCGGCUGGCGACCAGCUGCAGCAGCUUCUGGAACUCCAACGCCCGCUGUUCGGACAACCACAACAAGUCGUGGCAAUAGCAGCUCUAGUGUGGUCGAUGGUGGAUCGUCGUCUAAGCUCACGGCAACCACAAUUUCGGCGAGCAAGCGACGUGAGGAAAAUCUGCGUCAAUUUGAAGCUUUGCUUGCACAGAAAUCAUCCCAAUCCCAACGCCAUGCUGCGGCUGCAGCUGCCGCAGCAUCGUCAAGUGGUGCUGCCACUGCCACAAGUGGUGCUGCCUCGAAACGCCGCUCGGAGCGACCAAUUGUGGCGCCCAUACCGCCCUACAACUCGGCUCGCUCUGAGCACACGUCGCGUCACACAUCUGAGCCAAAGUCUGCUGUCACCUCCAAUUACAGCUCUGGCGCUGCCUCCUCGGGGGCUGACCACCAACGGUCUGGUGCUGCCAACGCGGUUGUCUCACGUACGAAUGCAUACGGCAACAGUGUUGCUCAGGGAUCUCCCAAUCUGCAGAUGCGCAGCAGUGCUCCAAUGCGAUGGCGCGCCACUGAGGAGCAUAUUGGAAAGUAUAAACUGAUCAAGACGAUUGGCAAGGGCAACUUUGCCAAGGUGAAACUGGCCAAACAUCUGCCUACUGGAAAGGAGGUGGCCAUCAAAAUCAUUGACAAGACCCAACUGAAUCCUGGGUCUCUACAGAAACUCUUCCGAGAGGUUAGAAUAAUGAAAAUGCUCGACCACCCCAACAUUGUGAAACUUUUUCAAGUGAUCGAAACGGAAAAGACAUUGUAUCUCAUCAUGGAAUAUGCAUCGGGUGGCGAAGUCUUUGACUAUCUGGUUCUACAUGGCCGCAUGAAGGAGAAAGAGGCGCGUGUCAAGUUUCGUCAAAUUGUAUCGGCUGUGCAAUACUGUCAUCAGAAGAGAAUAAUACACAGGGACUUAAAAGCUGAAAACUUAUUACUGGACAGCGAAUUGAAUAUCAAGAUUGCUGAUUUUGGAUUUUCGAACGAGUUUACGCCUGGCUCUAAGCUGGACACGUUCUGUGGUAGUCCUCCGUAUGCGGCGCCCGAACUCUUCCAGGGUAAGAAGUAUGAUGGUCCCGAGGUGGAUGUUUGGUCGCUGGGCGUCAUUCUUUACACAUUGGUGAGCGGAUCCCUGCCUUUUGAUGGUUCCACUCUGCGAGAGCUACGCGAACGUGUACUCAGAGGCAAAUAUAGAAUUCCCUUCUAUAUGUCAACUGAUUGCGAGAAUUUGCUGCGCAAGUUUCUAGUACUGAAUCCUGCAAAACGUGCUAGUCUUGAAACAAUCAUGGGCGAUAAGUGGAUGAAUAUGGGGUUUGAGGAUGAUGAGCUCAAGCCAUACAUACAGCCCAAACAAGAUUUAGCCGAUCCCAAGAGGAUAGGUAAGACGGAAGCUCUAGUCGCCAUGGGCUACAGUCGACUGGAGAUUGAGACGUCGCUGGCCCUGGGGCGUUAUGACGAUGUCUUUGCCACGUAUUUGUUGCUGGGCCGCAAGAGCACAGAUCCUGAAAGUGAUGGCUCACGGUCUGGAUCAUCGCUAUCACUGCGCAAUAUACCGGGCAACGAGGCUGGUGGCAAUGCUGGCAAUGCCGGCAACGUGCAAAGUCCAACGCAUCGUGGCGUCCACAGAAGCAUAUCGGCGUCGAGCACCAAACCCAGUCGCCGAGCGUCGUCCGGUGCGGAAACGUUACGUGUUGGACCCGCAAAUGCCACAACAACAGCCACGGCUGCAGCGGGAAACGUUGGCUCCGUUAACCCAAGCAACAACUACAAUGCCGUAGGCACAGCCGCAGAGCGUGCUUCAGUUGGCAGCAAUUUUAAACGUCAAAACACCAUCGACUCAGCCACAAUAAAGGAGAACACGGCGAGACUGGCCGCACAGAAUCAGCGACCAGCGUCGGCUACACAAAAAAUGCUAACCACAACAGAUACAUCGCUGAAUAGUCCAGCCAAGCCGCGCACAACCACCAAGUAUGAUCCGACUAACGGUAAUCGCACAGUGAGCGGCACCAGCGGUAUUAUACCACGCCGUUCAACCACACUGUAUGAAAAGACUUCAUCGACGGAGAAAACCAAUGUUAUUCCUGCAGAGACAAACAGUGGAUCUGCAGCUACCGCUGGAAAGGGUCACACAAAAAGUGCGUCUGUGUCUAGCCCUAGACCAUCCACAGACGGAUGUGUAUCAGUAUCAAUUGACCCCCUUGGAUCGAGAAUGGCAUCGGCUGUUAAAUCAAGCAGACACUUUCCAAGGAAUGUUCCAUCACGUUCAACCUUUCACUCUGGUCAAACCAGGGCACGAAACAACACUGCGUUGGAAUACUCUGGUACAAGUGGAACAUCGGGUGAAUCACCGCAUCCCGGUCGCAUGAGCUUUUUUUCGAAACUUUCCUCACGUUUUAGCAAACGUACAUCCACCACGGAGGAGGCCGCUAAGCCCAGGGUGCUUCGGUUCACAUGGUCCAUGAAGACAACAUCGCCCCUGAUGCCCGAUCAAAUCAUGCAAAAGAUACGCGAAGUGCUCGAUCAAAACAACUGUGAUUACGAGCAACGGGAACGAUUUGUGCUUUGGUGCGUUCAUGGAGAUCCGAAUACGGACUCGCUGGUUCAGUGGGAAAUAGAGGUCUGUAAGCUGCCGCGUCUAUCCCUAAACGGAGUUCGCUUUAAACGCAUUUCUGGUACUAGCAUCGGCUUCAAGAACAUUGCGUCUCGCAUUGCUUUUGACCUUCGUCUGUGACUUAACAAAACGAAUAAUGAAGGCUGCGCGGCCAACACCAACACCACAACUACGAAUGGCAGCAGCUGCAACACGACGAAGACGAUGAUGAGCACUACCAACAACACCAACACCAACAAAACUAGUAACAACAGCGCCAACACCAACACCACCACCGACAGCGACAGUAAAACCACCUCCACUGCCAAAUUUCAUCAUCUGGCCAGCGGCAGUAUCAAGCUGUCGGAACAAUCGAUGCCAAUUUGGUCACUCAAUCGCCAACAACGUGCGAAUCGAGUGCGUGUUAAGCAGAAAAAGAAGACGACAAACGUUCUGAGAACAGCAUUUCAAAACUAUUUGCCCUUCAGAUCGAGGGAAAAUCUUCAGGCGUCAGAGCAGCGUCCCAUAGAUCAAAUCAUGGAAGAAUAUGCGACUGAAUCUCAAGGGCAAGUGCCAGCAACAAAUCCCUCGAUAUCAACUAUUAAGAAACACAAUCAAGUCUUCGAUAAGCAAUCGCAUGGCGCUGAAGGUGGAGAUGGAGGUGGAAAUGGUGAUGCAAAUGGAAAUGGAGAUGGAGUUGGUGUAGCUGAGCUAAAGCCAAGAGGCGACAGCGGUCGCAAUCGAUUUAAGCGAAACAUCAAGAAUACCCGAAGUCUAAUUGUGUGUAAAUUAACUGGCUCGCGGCGACAUGGAAGCGGCAGAGGAGGAGGAGGAGGAGGUGGAGACACGGAAAAGAAAUGCGUUAUGGACAAGGAAAAGGAGAAGGAAAUGAAGGACGGAGAGGCAGCAUGUGUCAAUGUUAUAUCUAAGGAAAAACCAAACACCAAACAACAAGAACAACAACAACAACAUCAGAAAGUAGUAAUGUUACGCACCACAACUCUCUAAAAAUAUAUACAUAACAUAAAAUUACUAUAUUAAUUAGACAGUUGUAACGUGACGGAUUUGUUUAUAUACAAGGCUUCAAAUCAUAUAAAAGAAAUACACACACCACAAAAUCACACACAUAACAACACACACCACUUUAGCAUAGAAUCUCAAGAGUAAAAAUGAAAUGUUCUACAUUUAUGCAUUGAUCUAUCGCGUAUUGAAUAUAUAAUUUAUAUAAAAUAACAACUCGAGCAGACAGCAAUUUACCCAAUAUCUAAGUACAUAAGCACAGCAAGAAGAGAUCAUCAACACACAUACACAUACACAGACACACACACAUUGCAUACAAACAUACAUAUAUCCACAUAUUGAAGGAUCACUUAAAUCUAUAUAAUCGUUAAAUAUGCUAGACAGUGUAGGCGAGAGAGAAACACCGUUCUAAUUCAAAUAAUAGUAAUACAACAAACCAACAUCAACAACAACAACAACAUCAACAUAAUAAUAAAUCAAGAAUAAACAAUAAUAAUGAAAUCAGCGCAAUAAUACUGCAUUUUUCUACGCAUUGUCUAAAGGGCUAUAAACACAGACUCACACUCUUAACACACACACACACACACACAAAUAUACAUAAAUAUAUUGUAGACAAACACAUCCAUAAGAAAAGAAAAUUGUUCGUUAACUACAUUUAAUGUUGCCCUAACUCAAGCUCAAAACUCUUUUUGGUAUACUACGCCCAGUCUAAAUAAAAAUAUAUACAUACAUAAUAUAUCAAAUAAGCAAAACAGAUAAGUGUGUUGUUCGGGCGUAUGACAGUUAAUUGAAUAAAACACUGCAAAAUCAGAGAUCAUCGAUAAUAGUUUUGAAUUCUCAACAAGGAAUCUAAUAAUAUAAUAUACAUAUUUGUGAAUCGCUCUAUUGUCUACAUGUUUAUGCGAUUAUGCGUUAGUUUUCACGUUUUCUUUCGUCUAUAUAUUUUUUGAGUGAGUUAUGUUUAAUUGAAAAAAUACAAAAGUUGUAUAUUAUAUUUAUAUUACAUUAUAUUUAUUUAAUUAGCAGGCAUUUCUGCAUGGGCCCAACGAGUGAAUUCAUUGUGCAUGCCCUAUUUGUAAAAAUAGAGAAUGCUUCAAGCAGUAUAAUUAAUUUCACACUUGAUUAUUUUUAGAGAAAAUCGUGAAAUUGCUCUGUUAAACUGAACAUGUGGAUCGAAUAAAAUCAAUAGUACUCCAUUAAA